AUGGUUUACACUCCGAAAAACGUGGUCAUAACUGGUGGGUGUGGAUUCAUCGGAUCCAACUUUGUUAACUACAUUCACGACGCGUGGCCGAACUGCAACUUUGUCAACAUUGAUAAGCUGAUUCUUAACAGUGACACGCAGAAUGUGAACGAGUCGGUUCGUAACUCUCCACGUUACAAGUUGGUGCUUACUGACAUCAAAAACGAGGCAGCCAUUCUCAAUGUUUUCGAGGAAAAUAAGGUUAUUCUUCCGAACUUCUUCAGAUUUGAUAAACUUUAUUUCAGAUUGAUACUGUCAUUCACUUCGCAGCUGACUGCACUUCGACCCGUUGCUACAACGAGACUUCGGAGGCAGUUCAUAACAACGUUCUCUCGUUCAUCCAGUUUCUAGAGACAGUUCGCAUUUACGGAAAGAUCAAGAGGUUCGUGCACAUCAGCACUGAUGAGGUCUACGGAGACUCUGAUCUUUCGGAGAACGAGCAAGGCAAGGUAGAGCACUCUCGGCUGGUGCCCGGAAAUCCGUACGCUGCGACGAAAAUCGCUGGGGAGGCGUACGUGAGAGCCUAUCAAACUCAGUACAACCUUCCGAUUGUGACCGCCCGCAUGAACAACAUCUAUGGGCCGAACCAGUGGGACGUGAAGGUGGUGCCAAGAUUUAUUGAGAUUGCAAAAGUCCGUGGGGAAUACACUAUCCAAGGCACCGGAAAGCAACUGCGCUCUUGGCUUUUUGUCGACGACGCUAGCGCCGGACUGAAGGCAGUUUGCGAGAAGGGAGAGCUUCACGAGAUUUAUAAUUUGGGCACUUAUUACGAAAAAAAUGUUGCGGACUUGGCAAAGACUAUUCAAGAAGAAGUCGAUGCUCAAUUGAAAAGAGCUCACGAACCACCAAGAUACAAGUCGAUCCCGGACCGCCCGUACAAUGAUCUUCGUUACUUGAUCAGCAUUGAAAAAGCGAAAAGUGAGUUGGGAUGGGAACCGACGACCUCGUUCGACGUAGGAAUGCGGCAUACCGUCGCUUCAGCUCUCAAGGAGCACAAGCACGUGAAAAUGCACGUGGCUGUGUACGGAGGAAAAGGAUAUGUGGGUCAGGAAUUGCAACAUGUCCUCAAUGCAAGAGGUAUUCCUUAUGUUUUGGCGACCAAGAAGGUCGGAUUCGAUAGUGACGAAGAGGUGAAAAAGGGAAAUACGCUCUGAUACUUUUAUGAUUGUGAUUCAGGUGGAGAAGGAACUGGCACUCCUUGGAGUGACUCACGUGAUUUGCGUGACAGGAAGAACUCACGGACCCGGCUGCGGUACCAUCGAAUACUUGGAGGGCGGAGCUGAUAAGGUGUUUAUCAAUGUGAGGGAUAACAUGUACAGGUAGGUGAACUGAUAAUAGUCUAACAAGCGCGGGAGUCCGCAAUUCGCAGUGCAACAAUUCUGGCGCACAUCUGUCGAAAGAUAGGGCUGCACUACACGUACAUUGGCACUGGUUACAUGUUUGCUUAUGAUAAGGAACACCCGAUCGGCGGCGCCGAAUUCAAAGAUGAUGGUUUGUGGCAAAAGAAAUAAACAUGGCACAUAAAAUCGCUGUCUUCUUUUUCAGACGAGCCUUCGUUCUUUGGUUCCGCCUAUUCUGUUGUCAAGGGAUUCACUGAUAGGCAAAUGAGCUAUUUCAAUCAAAAAGUGGGAGUGAAUUAGAAUGAAAGAUAGAAACAUGUUGUUUUUCAGGGAUGGGAAAACUUGAAUGUGCGGAUUACACUGCCACUGAGUUUGGAUUUGGAGCAGCCGAGAAACUUGCUCUCCAAAAUUAUCAAAUACAAGUUGGUGGUUUCGAGAUUAAAUUGAAAAUGUCAGUCUUUUACAGAGAGCUCUUCGACAUCCCAGUUUCUUUGACUAUUCUCCCAGAUUGCAUGAAUGCGAUGCUCAACCUGAUGGAGCAGAGAACUGGAGGAACUCUAAACCUGGUUAACCCAGAGCCUAUCAGUCUCUACGAAGUUGUAGAGAUUUACAAGGAGGUACUUACUAAUUCGCUAGAAAUCACUCACAUAUUUUUACUGUUUCAGAUUGUCGACGAUUCGGUCAAUCCGACGCCGAUCGGAGUGGAAACGGAACGGGCGCAACAGCUGCUGGCGACCAAAGGAAACUGCGCACUGGACACCGAGAAACUGCAAUCUCUGGCGCCGGUUCUGUCGGCGAAACAAAGUCUCGUCAAGCACUUCGGAGACAUGGCCACCAAGUGAUUUAUAUUUAUUUGCAACAUUAUUACGAAAAUUAUGUCAGUUUAUGUUGAAUAAAACUAAUUGGGAGCGGAAAAGCUGGUCAUAUGGAGACAGGAUAAAACUCAAGAGGCGGCAGCCAUUUUCGGAAGGAAAAGUGGAAGGAAAAGAGCGGAAAAAUGUUUGCUUUGGUCCGCCGAACAAAAAAAAUUCGAUAAAAAAUUUCGACGGCCAGCAACCGCGGCCGAGUUUCCCACUCGUGUAUUCCUCUCGGACAAAGACAACGGAGACGCGCUUCAAAAAUUUCUAUCGAAUUGGUGAGCGUAUUUUGCAAAAAAAUAUUUUUAAACAAUGUUUGUCUUUUUUCAAUGGUUCUGAGUCAUAAUCUCAUAAUUUAUCCCUCAAUUUCAUAAUUAUUUUGCCAAGUUACAAUUUCAAAAUGGGUUUGCAGGAAAUGCUAAGAAAUGUGUCUCUAGCGUGCUCAUCGGCAGUUUCGGCCAACUUGUGUAAGCAAUCAAAACCAGCAUGGGCACUCCUGUCAGCAGCAAGAUUUUCGGACAAAAAGAAAGGGUGAGUGCGCGGCUCCUGAUAGCUCUGAGAAUGUAUUCAGUUACAGAGACGAUCUGGAGACGGAUUUGCAAAAAGAUCUUAAAAAAUUGAAUGAAAUUUUGAAAACCGGAAUCAAGGAGGCGGAAUCAACUAAUCUGACGGCAGAACAACCAGCGGCAGACAAGUCGAUCGAUAAGAGCUUUAUGGAUUUCCGAAGACAAGCAGAGAAAGAGUCCUUCCAACGAAGCAGCAACAUUUUCAACUGGAAAGUGGCACUCGGAACCCUGGCCGUCGGAGGAAGCUGUCUUGUCGCCUUGUUUUAUAUCAAAAAGAUCGUAUGUUAACAAAAAUUUGAAUCCAAAACAAAAUGAUGUCAAUAUAUGUUUUAGCGUCUGGAAGAAAGGGAAAAACAUCGGAAGGUGACUGCGGGAAAGGCGAGGAUCGGAGGAGAAUGGGAAUUGUUAAACACAGAAGGAAAGCCGGAAGGCUCGCAAGAACUACGUGGAAAUUGGCUGCUCAUGUACUUCGGCUUCACAAACUGUCCCGAUAUCUGUCCGGAUGAGAUUGAGAAGAUGGUGAAGGUGGUCGAAAUCAUCGAAUCGACGAAGGACGCAACGCCAAUUGUUCCAGUCUUUAUUUCCGUUGAUCCGGAGAGGGAUUCUGUUGCUCGCGUGAAAGAAUAUUGCGCAGAAUUCUCAGACAAACUACGUGGAUACACUGGCACCACGGAAGCCGUGAACAAGGUGGCGAAGACGUUCCGAGUGUAUCACAGUCAGGGACCAAAGACGAACAAGCAGGAGGACGACUACAUUGUCGAUCACACCGUCAUCAUGUACCUUAUUGGUAAAGCAAAUUGGGGGACUGCCUGAUAACGAAUGAUGUUCAGAUCCUGACGGCCAAUUCCAUGAUUACUACGGACAGAACCGAAAAGCUGAGGAGAUUGCGAAUGUUAUUCAGAUGAAGGUGCUCAAAUAUCAGGCGCAGAAUCGAAAAUCUCUUUUGAACUUGUUCUAA